CACAUCUCUAUCGCCCGGCCUUCCACAUCUGCCCAAUGAAUCAGGAGCGGAUGCGAUGUAUCCUUUUUCAGUGGAGUGAAUGGCCAAUGGGAGUUGGCUUGUCGAGCAAACACUAAGCUCUGCGUUCCCAUUCAUUCAGUGCUGAACAGGCCCGCAGAGCUGGAGAGAGCGCACCGCUGUCUGCGACCCGACGACGCUUCAUGCACAAGAGCGCAGGAAAAAAAAGUAACAGCCAGAGCUCAGCAGAUAACUCGAAGAGAGGGGGACUCUUUGGAUUUACGCACGCUCGCGUUUUUUAAAUUUUAUUUCGCCCCGAGACUAUUUUUUUGUAAUUAUUAUUAUUUUUGCAACUAUUUCUACGGGACUUCUAUAUCUGGGCCGUGUUGCUGAAGAUCGGCCUCCAAAGUGCGCAGCAGUUCCCCGGCUGACUUCCCUCCCUCCCUCCGCUCCUCAUCAGAGCUCCGCCGUGGAUUUUACUUCGCUUUAUCCUGGGACGAAGGCGUGCGUAAGCCGCGGCUGAACUAACCGAGAAAAGGGAAUAACGCAAAGGGAUACACUCGCACUUGGAUUAACAGACUGAAUAUUAUGCAUUAGACCUCACAGUCUGCGUUUGGACAUUGCCCCCUUCCCCUUUGGAUGGAGUUUUGGUAGUCUGUUUGGUUGAUGGAUUCGACGUUAUGGAUGCUUGCAUAUAGGUUUUCCGAUGCAUGUCCACGGUGAAUGUCGGAAGUGGUGAUCCCCCCAGAUGGAGCUCCAAAGUCAACAUGGCCCCGGCGGUUCAUUAGUGGUGAUCCAGCAGCCUUCCCUAGAGAGCCGGCAGAGGUCGGAUUACGAGCGGGAUCUCCAGCAUGCCUCCCUGUACCAAAUCAAGGCCACCCGCUCCAGCAACGAGUACACAGAGGGGCCCUCGGUGGUGCGGAGGCCCCCGGCGCCCCGCAUGGCCCCCAGGCCGCAGGACAAGCAGGAGAGGACUCACGAGGUCAUCCUCGUCAAUGUGAACAACAAUUAUGAGCACCGGCCGUCGGGCCACCACCAUCAUGGGGGCGGCGUGGUGGUCGUGGCCGGGGGACACCAGUGCGGUGGGUCCCGGGUGCCGGGGCUCAGCCGCUCCACAAGCACAGGAAGUGCCGCCAGCUCAGGGAGCAACAGCAGUGCCUCGUCUGAGCAGGGACUCUUGGCACGCUCACCCCCGACCAGGCCUGGCAUGAACUUACAGCACCACCACCGGGCAGAUCGGCCUGUUCGGACUCAGCCCAAGCCCAAGGCCCUUUUACAGCCCCAGCAGGGACCUCACUUCCACCAGCCUCCACUAGAGGCUCCACUCAAGCCCCAGGCCAAAGGGAAAUCAGACUUUUCUGGCUCGGGCAAAGGGGUGGUGGCCGCCGGGCACCAGUUCAUCUGCGAGCGCUGCGGGAAGUGCAAGUGCAGCGAAUGCACGGCUCCCAGGAGCCUGCCUUCGUGCCUGGCGUGCAACGGCCAGUGCCUCUGCUCCGCCGAGAGCGCGCUGGAGCACGGCACGUGCAUGUGCCUGGUUAAGGGCAUCUUCUACCACUGCUCCAACGACGACGAGGGGGACUCGUGCGCUGACCACCCCUGCUCGCUGUCACGCUCCCACUGCUGCUCUCGUUUCCUGUGCAUGGGAUUAAUGUCGGUACUCUUCCCCUGUCUGCUAUGCUACCCACCUGUCAAGGGGUGUCUGAAGGCGUGCCAGGGCUGCUACGACCGGGUCAACAGGCCUGGCUGCCGCUGCAAGAACUCCAACACUGUCUAUUGUAAACUGGAGAGCUGGGCCCCACAGACCCAGGAGAAACCUUCCUGAUCGCGCGGGAGACUCUCGACGUGGAUCUUACGAUGACAAUGAUACUGAUGAUGAUAGUCACAAAUUAAUGUUUAUCAAACAUUCUAAGCACCUCCCACCCACCUCCCCUCCUCGCUGCAGAACCCCAAAGGAGCUAAGCAAAGGAGUAAACGAAAACCACUCGAUUAAUUUUAUUUUUUAUUUUCUCUGGAUCAGGACCAUGUUUUUACAGACCAGUGUUUGCCUUAACUGUUUCUAUGUCUGUCCUCAGCUCCUCAUUAACACUUUUUUUUAUAUAUAUAUACAUAUAUAUGGAAAAGUUUUUCUUCCGUUUUAGGUAGGCAGUUUCCUCUGGGCCUGUGCGCCCGGCCAGGGGGGGGGCUGCCUCUCACCAAAUCUGUGAAGGACGAUCUACUAUAGGGCAAUUAUGUAGCUGUUACCUGGUAUUCAUAGCGAGCAGGUAUGUUUGAAUUUAUUGGUUGCUGCCACACUAAAAUCGUGGUUCCUAUGCUCAUGCUGCAUUAACGAAAGCACAUCCAUCUCAUAGUAUUCUCCACUUGGAUAUGUUUCUCUCCUUCCACCCGUCUGAACUUUUCAUUCUGUGGCAUUCUCCCAUGUUUUUUUUUUUGUUUUUUUUGUUUUGUUUUUCUUUGUUUUUGUGUAAAUUGUUAUGCUCAAAAAUCCAUAAGAGGAAUUCUGGCUAUUUUUUAAAAGAAAAAAAAUGUCUGUUAAACAUUUUUUUGUUGUAAAAAAAAAUAUUUAUUAUGUGAAGUUCUAUUAUUUUAUGAUAUUUAUUGCAAGAGACAGUCUUAAAUUUACUCAUUUCUGAAUAUAACAAAAUAUCAAAUACUUACUGAAAAAAUUAAAGGGUGGCACAAAAGAAAACUAUGUUAACUUUAAUGCAGAAAAUAUAUUAAUUAAUGAAAAAAAAAAAAGCGCUGUCUGGU